AUGGCGCCUUGCAACAUCAAUGUCCUCAUCUCGACCUUCCAUGGCCUUUCUCUCCCUCCGACUCUCUGCCUACCACUACCCUCCACAACCACUACCGAUGGACUCCUCACGCACCUCACGGACCGCUUCCCACAGCUCCCUCCGUCUACACGCUUGAUUAUCAGCACUACCGCCGGUCGGCAAAUAACGCACUACCCAUCUACGACUCCGCUACAAUCUAUAGUCUCCACCACUACGCAUAACGCAACAUGUAUCCUACCUUUACAUCUCUCUGCGCCGCUUGCAGGCGGCAAGGGCGGUUUCGGCUCGCAAUUGCGAGCGGCGGGCGGACGCAUGUCGUCACGCAAGAAGAAGCAGAACGCCGCGCUCGCGACCGGGUCUGCGCGCAACCUCGACGGGCGCCGGUUAAGAACGAUCGCUGAGGCGAAGAACCUGGCGGCGUAUCUAGCGACGAAGCCGGACGCGGACGCAAGGGAACGAGAGGAGAAGAGGAGGAGAUGGGAGGGGAUCGUGGAGAUGGCGGAGCAGAGGGAGGCGGAGAUGCGUAGUGGGAAAGGCAAAGACGGCCGGCGGAGAGGCCUCGGCGAGGAUUGGAUGGAGACCAAGGAAGAGGUUGGAGAGAAUGUCAAGAGUGCGGUGCAGAAGGCGAUGGCGGCGCAAAGCAAGGAGGCCGGGAGCGACAGUGGGAGUGGUGGGAGUGCUGAGGCCAGCGAUGUGGAGAGUGAUGCAGGGCAAGGGGAGGAAGAUGUGAUGGAGUUGGAUGAAGAGGGAAUGGAAAAACUACGAGUGGAGGCGGAGGCAGGGGACGAGGAUGCGAUGUGGGUGCUGAAGGAAAGACUUAAGAUUCCCGAGCGGUAUCUGCCGGAGGUGAAGAAACCCAAGAUGCCACAAAGGCGAUUCGUUGGGUUCGACGACGACGAGGAUAUAUCAAGCAGUGAAGAGGAUGAAGAGGCAUCAGGGGCAAAAGACAAAGCGAAGGCGAUUGUUGAUUGA